AUGUCUCCAACGGCAAAAACAGAUGAAGGCGGUAAAAAUGACAUAUCAAGCAUCCAUGCCAAAAUUGUGAUAUUCGACCAUCCGUUCGCGUAUCAAGUGCUGAACCCAAAAGUCGAUGAAUUCUGUUCGUACUGUAUGCGUGCACCUGUAAAAGGUGAAACGUUAGGGAAAUGUGCUGCAUGUGAUCAUGUUCGGUACUGUAGCAAAGAUUGUCAACGAUUAGCAUGGAAGAUACAUAGGCCUGAGUGCAGGCGACUGAAGGCGGUGUUCCCGAAUUUACCACUAACAGAAGUUCUGUUUCUUUCAAAAAUUAUCGAUCGAGUUGUUUUUAUCGCAAUAAACGGCGAUAAAUUCGGUUGGGAACGAGAAAGGAAGUUCUCAUCGUUGGUGGAUCAUAAGGAAGAGAUUAAAGCAGACAAGAUAAGAAUGGAGCGUUUCGAGAAAGUGUACGAAAAAAUGAAGAUAUUUCGAAAAGAGGAAAUGAUUGAGAAGGAAUCAUUUUUCGAUAUUUUCUGCAAGGCCACAAUCAAUUCACACAGCAUCCACACAAAUGCUGGCACGGAAAUCGGCAUGGCCCUUGAUCUCGGUAUUUCCAAGUACAACCAUUCAUGUCGACCAACGUGUACAAUGGUGUUCGACGGUUUUCGUGUGUGUCUUCGCCCUCUGGUGCCCGGAGUUGACGCCUCAGAUACUACCAAGGCAUUUAUUUCGUACAUUGACGUAGGGAGAAGUAAAUAUGUUCGGCGGAAAGACCUCAAGGCCCGGUGGUAUUUCGAUUGCGAGUGCACCCGCUGUGUUGAUCCGACCGAUGACAUGCUGACCGCUAUUAAAUGUUCCACGCCAGGUUGUUCGGAACCAUUGAUAACCUCAGAAACAGCUGAACCAUGUUACAUCGCUUGUCCUAAAUGUCGUGGAAUGACCGACGACAACGUGGUGAAAGAAGCUCAGGAACUGAUGAAGAGCCUCCCUGCUUCCUUUGAUCCGAAUUGCCCUCCUGAAACUCUUUUAAUCGGUCCAUUCGAAUGUCCGAAACCACCAGAUUUGCAGUUGCGGGAGCUUAUAGCCAAAGCAGAACGCCUCCUUCACCCAAACAAUGUAUACGUGAACCGGUUACGGACUGCAUUGUACCACGUGACUGGAUCGUUGGAAACGAAAAUGGGCAUGAUGCACAAGCAGAUUUACGACAACUACAAGUUAUGCUUUCCAAAAGCUGAUCGACACAUCGGUUAUCAAUUGCUACACAUUGUUAAGGAUCUCAUCGAGAAAGGCGAUAGAGAGGAGGCUGUGAGCUAUGCGUACGAAGCAAUGAACAUCUUCGAAGUGUGUUUCGGGCUGGAUCAUCCAUAUUAUCUGCAAAUACUUGCACUCUGGACCUACUUGGACACGAAUGCAAACAAAACAGACGCAGAGUUAAUCUCAUUGACUCAUUUCUCGGAUAAUCGUCCUGUUGACAUUGCUAAAUUGCUUGAGAAGGCGAACAUGUUACCGUCGCCAGCAGAGGUGAAGGAGAAGAAAAGGUAA